CCCUUCGGCUCUCCCUGCCCCGCUGAUGGCGGCGGGGCGCCGCUCACCGCCCGGGCCGUGCUGCCCGCCGCGGGUGGCGGUGCCCAGCGUGCACCAGAGCCUGCCCGAGAUGGACUUCGAGCGGGGGAUCUGGGCAGCGGCGCGGGACGGGGACGAGGCUCGGGUGCUGCAGCUGCUGGAACGGCGCGGGGAGCCCAGCCAGCCCGACCUGGCGGGGUACACCGCCCUGCACUACGCCAGCCGCAACGGGCACCUGGGGGUGUGCCGCCUGCUGCUGCAGCGCGGUGCCCACUGCAACGCCCGCACGCCCGGCGGGGCGACCGCCCUGCACCGCGCCUGCUACUGCGGGCACGUGGCCGUGGCGCGGCUCCUGCUGGCACACGGCGCCGACCCCGCCGCCGCCGACGGGGACGGCCGCACCAGCCUGCACAAGGCGGCGGAGCGCGGUCACCGGGAGCUCUGCGUCCUCCUGCUGCAGAACAGCCCUGCCUUGCUGGCUGCUCGUGACGCUAAAGGACGGCGGCCCCGCGACACGGCCGACCCCGCGGUGUGGGAUCUGCUGGAGGGAUGAAGGGACGCGGCGAGGACGGCGCGGGUGGAGGCAGAGGGAAAAGGAAAAACAACAGAGCUUGAA